GUUUCCGUUGCUUCCUAGACUCUCUUAACCAAGCUGCAUUUUUCUUUCAAACCUGCCCUCAUCGCCUGCUGCCGCCCUUGCUUUGCCCGACAAUCGCCAGAUAAUUGCUAGGGCUCUCCUCGAAGUGCAUCGGAUCGCUGCGCUCCCCUACCCGCCUCCGUGUUGACCUGACGAGCCAGGACCUUGCACGCGCAGCUGCUGCGUAGCCCCAAAAGGAAGAGCUGUCACCUUGGGAGGGGGCGCCCCGACAAUGGUGCUGUCCCCGCUACCGAUCGGCGAUUGCGUUCCAACUCCCGCUCUUGCUCCACGCACGCGCACACGCGCCCGUAGCCCCCGCGUCGUGAGCGGAUCCGCAAACUGCGCCAUCGAACGGUAGCCGUGCGCGCUGUCCGUCGACGCCAAGCUCGCGACCCCGUCUCCAUCAUGAACCAGACUUCGCCCACGGAGGGCGAAGCCAGGGCCCUGCUCGCUACUGCCGAGAGCGUCACCGGAUUGGUGCUCGACGACCACGACCCCCGAAUUUUCAUUAAGGAAGAGUCGACGAGCCCAUUUCCGGACGAUGGCAGGUCGCCGGGCGCUGGCGCACUCAAAACAGAAUCCGCCAGCCCCCCACAAAAACUGCCCACCGCGCCGGCUCGGAAGGCCAGCUUAGCGUACCAGAGACCUGGCCGACAUGGAGUGAAGGGGGCGUCUUCCCGGGCCAGUCUGGCCAAGGAACCGCCCACACCCGGGCAGCCCAUCGUGCCGCGCAAAAACCAGGACUGGGAGCCCUGGAAGGGCAUUCUAUAUGAACUCUACAUCACACAAAACCGUAUCCUUCGCGACAUCAUUACCAUUAUGGAGACAAAGCAUAACCUCAGGGCUACCUCCAAGAUGUACAAAAACCAGCUGGCUCGAUGGGGUUUUUUCAAAUAUGCCAUCAAGGGCCGUUCGCGGGCCAAGGCAGAAGCACCAAACGACCGGGGCUCAGACGACUCCUUCGACAAUGCUCUCAUAUCACCAAGAGAUCAGUUGUUGCUACACGCAGACAGCGGGUCCCGAAGCAUACAGGCUGGGCUCACGGCCGUCCGCCGUUUCAUUCACGGACACAUCGACCUGGACCCUUCCAACCUCCAGGUGGAAGAAGUCGCGGGGUUCGUUGACCCCUGCUACCGGUAUUUCAAAGUUGCCAUGGAUCUCUUCGAUCUCCAAGAGAACGUCGAGGGCGGACGCGUCCUACGGCUCGCCUUUCUCCAAAUCGAACGCAAGAUAUCCAAGCCCACCCUGAAAUCCUUCUCCGACCUCUGCUUCCUCGUUCCGCACCUCCUCCUCGAAUCGAACCGGCGAGACAUUCUCUCGGCCUAUCUACAUUACGUCUCUCGCCUAGCUGUCGUGAAAUUCGGCAAGCAUCCGGUCUCAGAGCUUGCGGCCUCCUUUACCUCGCUUCUCAACGAGCGCCCCGAGGACAUGAUGCGCUUCAUUGUGCUUCUCUUCCAAUUAAACGCCGACACGAUCGCGUCCCUGCCAGGAAUACUCGAUCGCAACGCAGAGUGGGCGCGGAACCAGUAUGUCGCAUGCAAACGAACCGCGUCUGAAGUUCGGUGGCUAUCGUCGCCACUGUCGGUCGACGACGGCAGUACUAGCGUGAUCGGCAGCGGUAGCAGCAGCAGCAGCAGCAGCAGCAGCAGCAGCAGCAGCGGGCGCAUUGACGAGGAUGGCGAGGGGUACAGCCACCGGAUGAUCCGCCUCGAGGCGCAGAGCGUAUACUGGGCACAAAAAUUGAUCAUGCAUGAUCCCGUUAGCGACGAGAUUGCGAGUCAAUGGCUGCAGCGGCGGUUUUCCGAGGACUACGCCUCCAAAUGUGAGGCAUAUCUAGCGCAGCUCAAGGAGAUGGUGGCGACGGGCGGGUUUCCUGUCGUAUUUGCUCGCAUGAUGGAGUCGCUGUGUGUCGGGUGGCUAUAUGACUAUUACGACGCGGUGGGCGACUGGGAGAAGGCGUUUGAAUGGGGCCGGCACGGGCUCCAACUAGCCUCGGACGAGCAGUAUGCGAUCUGGUCGAUACACCUGGAGGAUCUGAUGAGGCGGCAUGGCCGGCCGGAAGAGGCGGAGGAGCUGAGGAAGAAGAGGAGGGAACAUUCCUGGUUGGAGAGAGUCAGGUUGGAGGUGGACCGGCUGAUUUUAUCCUAGGCUCUCUCCUAGGCUCCGGGAGGUGUAUUCUCUGAUUUUCUCUGUACUUGCUCUAGCGCUCGGGACAUACCAUUGGAGGGUCUCAUGGGUCGGCGGCAUCAACGGUUUGUUAUUUGUUAUUUUCUUGGGAGCAUUGUAAUCAUACCUAGGGCACCAUUGCAACUCGGAACCAGGAUCGGGCUAUUGGCCAAGCGAAAGGAAUUGUGUAUAUUAGGAGCUUCAUACCGUGUCCCUGUCGGAUCACGGCUGAAAACCAAGUACAUUUACUGCCAGCGAAUCGAGGCUAGUAUUAUUAGAGUGCGGCGGCGCACAGUUAAUAGCACGCCUGUAAUACCGC